UCUGUUGUGGCGUUCCUUGUGCAAGGCUGCUGGAGUUUUUAAACCGCGUGAGAUUAUCCUGGGACUUGGUGAUGUCAGACUGGUUGGGUCAUUUGAAGGUUAGCUGCCUGGAAAGGGUUCAUUGAAAGUUCACUCGCAUAUAUUAGGCAAUUCAAUCUUUCAUUCUCUGUGACAAAACUAGUAGGAAGUGAUAUGUAUGGAGGCAGAACAACCCAUUCGUCAAUGAAGGGGAGACUGGAUUUUUUUAAAAAAUAUAAACCCUUUUGUUUUUAAACAGUUAUUUGCCGACUGCCACAGUUUAAAAUACACGUUGUAAUUUGAUAAUUCAGACGACUCAUACUGCGGUAUUUUGGGGGCUAAAGACGUCGGAUACAGUUCAGAAACAUCUUGGACAUCCCUUUUUCUUGGGUAUCUGGGUUGCCUGGAAAAUGGUAAAUGAUCAUUUGGAUCAAUUACAGGCUUUUAGCUGUGUUGUCUGUCAUAAUUCAUGAUUCUAGUCUGGGAAAAAGACCAAGACUGUACGUGCCAAAAAAGGGGCAGAGUUUGAUGGAGUUGGGUCCACUUUUACAUGCCAUUUCCCUCUACACCUAAAGGAUAAGCACUUUCGCAGUCUGCAGAGACUCGUCAUGUUCGACUGUAUGGAUGUUCUAACAGUGAGCCCUGGACAAAUGCUGGAUUUCUACACUACAAGUCCUUCUUCAUGCAUGCUCCAGGAAAAAGCUCUGAAAGCAUGCUUCAGUGGACUGGCACAAACAGACUGGCAGCACCGACGCAGCGCUCAGUCUAUUGAAACACAGAGCACCAGUUCUGAAGAACUGGUGCCAAGCCCCCCAUCCCCACUGCCUCCACCCAGAGUUUACAAGCCUUGUUUCGUCUGUCAAGACAAGUCAUCCGGCUACCACUAUGGAGUCAGCGCAUGUGAGGGAUGUAAGGGUUUUUUCCGCAGAAGUAUUCAGAAAAACAUGAUUUAUACGUGUCACAGAGAUAAAAACUGUGUUAUUAAUAAGGUCACAAGAAAUCGAUGCCAGUACUGCCGGCUGCAGAGGUGCUUCGAAGCGGGCAUGUCCAAAGAAUCUGUUCGAAAUGACAGGAAUAAAAAGAAGAAAGAGACGGCAAAGCCAGAGUGCAUGGAGAGCUGUGAACUGACAGCUGAGUUAGAGAACCUCAUUGAGAAGAUUCGUAAAGCUCAUCAGGAAACAUUCCCUUCCCUCUGCCAGCUGGGUAAAUACACCACAAAUUCCAGUGCUGAUCACCGUGUACGACUGGACCUCGGAUUAUGGGACAAAUUCAGUGAACUGGCCACAAAGUGCAUUAUUAAAAUAGUGGAGUUUGCAAAAAAGGUACCUGGCUUCACAGGACUGACCAUCGCAGACCAAAUAACUCUGCUCAAAGCUGCCUGUCUAGAUAUUCUGAUUCUGAGAAUCUGCACGAGAUACACCCCUGACAAGGACACAAUGACCUUCUCUGACGGCCUUACGCUGAACCGAACGCAGAUGCACAACGCAGGAUUCGGCCCUCUCACAGACCUCGUUUUCACGUUUGCCAAUCAACUCCUGCCCUUAGAGAUGGACGACACGGAGACAGGACUGCUCAGUGCCACCUGUCUCAUUUCUGGAGACCGACAAGAUCUUGAGGAACCAGCAAAAGUAGAUAAGCUGCAGGAACCACUUCUGGAAGCAUUAAAGGUUUAUAUAAGAAAGCGGAGACCUAGUAAACCACACAUGUUUCCAAAGAUUUUAAUGAAAAUUACAGAUCUGCGCAGCAUCAGUGCAAAAGGGGCAGAACGUGUUAUAACACUAAAAUUGGAAAUUCCAGGAUCAAUGCCUCCACUAAUCCAGGAGAUGCUUGAAAACUCAGAAGGACAAGAUGCACAAGGAGCUGAAAAGGAAAGUACAAACAAAACCGAACAGAGCCCCAACUCAUCUCCAAGAUCAGAGGACAGCAGCCCCAACAGUCAGCCUGCAGCAGUACAAUAGGACUAUUAAAUAAUGUCAGACAUUCCCUUACAGAAUACCGGCCGAACAGGCAAGGCUAGAUGCAUUUUCAUAUAUUUUCAACACCACGGCCUAAAAGGACCAGUUCUUUGCAUAUAAUUCUUAUUAAGCUCUUAACUUUUUUGGACUUCAGUCUAUAUAGCCUUGAAUUUGAAAGUUUCAUUGGUAAAAAAAAUACCUAAAAGUAGUUUUAAAAAGGUCUCCAUUAUUUAAAUUAAUGAUUGCAUGACAGUCAGAGCUUGGCAAGUGGUUCAAUUAUUUACUUGUUGACAUACAUUGUACGGUUAAACUUUUGUUACUAUACUGGAUUUGUGGUGCUUUUCAAUUGCCUUAAAUGUGUUUAAGGUAAGACAUUAAAAGUAUAAAAACAGACUUAUUAAAUCCUAAAAAAAAACCUAGAAUGUUCUGACCUAGGUUACUGUGGAAGUCUAUUUUAUAUCUGUUUUACUGUUUAUUCCCCCAUUAAACAACAUGUCAGCACCUACAUAAGUGGCAGCAAGUGCCCUUACCCUUCACUAUCAAUAAACUGCCAGUUCUGUUAAACAGGUCAAAACAUUGUCACUGCAAGUAAAAUGGUUCACACCUUUUUAAAAAAAUAUGUCAGAAGUUCAAAGAAAUAACAUUACACAUAUUUUGCAGUAAAGAUAGCCUCCAAGGCAAAUCACUGUUCAGUGUUACAAUGUGGUUUUGUUUGCCUGUGUCAUGUUGUAUGUAAUUGUAUGUAAAUCACCAUGCAGCACUUUUGUAGAGUUGUGUUCCGAGAUACUUUCAAUUGGGGGUUUUAAUAGAUUAAUCACACCUGUGGAUUUUGAUAGAGUAAAAAAAUUAUUGCUCUAUUAUUUUAACCUACCUGAGUGCAGCUUCAAAAUAUAGUGCAUGAAAAAGAAAUCUUGAAAAAUGGCAGAAGAUACUUCCAAAGAUACUCAGCUCCGCCUCUGCUUCCGUCAUUUGACGCACAAGGGACCAUGGGAUAUAAAGAGAGCUCCAGGGCUAUUUGUCUAUUGAGUGUCUAUGGAGAGGGGUUGGAUAGAGAAGUUGAGUAUCUUGGUAAUAUAGAAUAUCUUUAGUACUUCUAAAGACCUUCACAAAAGGGCAACUGGAAUGUAUACCAAAAUUUAACAGUAUCUCAGAAUGAUGACAAAAAAUGCAACUUGCAACAUUUGCUCCUCGUGCUUUCCUUUCACAGUAGUUUAUCGUAUCAUAGUAGUUGCAAAUAUUUUCCUACUGUCAAAUUAUAUGCAAGUUAAUAUAUGUAUAUUAAACAUUAGCUGGCCUUCUGAAACAUUUGCAGUAAAUAGCAUUGUUAAUACUUUGU